GGUUACUGCCCCCCUCCUCCUCCAGCCUCUCCCUCUGGUCCCCGGUGUCUCACUGGGCAGAUGCAGCGCUGACGUCACGCCCGCUGCACUGGCAGCACUGACAUCCAUACACGGAGCCAUGACAGCGGCGGAGCCCGGAGCUGGGGGACCGUGAUCCGGGGAGGUAUCUUCACCUUUAAUAUGUACCACCUUUCUCCAGACUGCGCUUGGUAAUCACACCUUAUGUCCUAGGAGGUGACUGGCCUUACCAUGGAUAGCCUGCCAAAGCUAGCUGGAGAAACCCUGAUUGUGCACCACAUCCCAUUAGUACACUGCCAGGUGCCAGACAGGCAGUACUGUCCAUCUUCCAGUAGACCCCACUUAUACAGCAAGAAUGACCUUGGAAUUACCAGGACCACCUCUCUCCCGGAAAGGGACCUAUCGCAGGCUGACUCAUUGGUGUACAGCAGCUUAAUCCAAGCUUCUGAGCCAACAGUAAAAGACAAGGUGAGCACAAAGGAGGAGGACUGGCAGGGGUCCAUCACUAGGAAGCGGCACAACCCAUUCCUCCUAAACGAUGAAGAAGAAAACAGCACUUCAAGUGGCAGUGAUGGGGAAAAGUCAUUCCAUCUCCACAGCACCUUAGGUAGGCCGAAAUCAGGAUUUCAGUUUCAGGAUUUAUCCUUGCCACCAUUCCACCUCCAUGAUAAACCACCCAUCGUAAAGCCAUGGAUAGUGGCCAGCAGGUCAGGACUUGUGGAUGGACAAGAAGAGAAGACUUCUCCCGAUGACUUACAAGUGAGUAGCAAUGGCAACCCAGGACCGUCGAACGCAAUCAUAGAGGACCAGGCUUGGCAUCAUCAUGGUGGCCCCCACUUCUGUCUAGACUGGAAUCAGAGUUCCGAUUUGGGAAAUCAGGACCUUCUCCAGAGCAAAGAAUGCACCUGUAAUGGCUCAGAGCCACUGAGGCACUGCAGAUGCUACAGUGCCUCCAGCCAGUCGGAAAUGGACCAGCAGGUGAGUUACGUGAGUGACUCCUCCUGCAACAGCUCGGACGGCAUUCUGGUUAAUUUCAGUACCUUAUAUAACAAGAUGAAUGGGCAUCCUAGGUCCAACCUGAAUUCUGGGAGCCUCUCCUGUGACUCUUCGUUCUGCAGCCACCCAGAUACAGGUGCAUUUUACCUGGACUUGCAGACCUCACCCACAGAAUCUAAGAUGUCUUGUGACUCACACAUCCAGGAAGCCUCUGGGAAACCUUGUGGGUGUCAUCAUCACUCAUCCUCACCUGUACUGGACGCCAACUGUAAUUCCUACCAUCUCAACUACGACUCGGUGCCGUGUAACGGAGAGAGCUCGGAUCUAACUUCCUGUUUUCAGAGCCAGGCCAGGCUUGUCGUGGCCACCCAGAAUUACUACAAAUUGGUCACCUGUGACCUAUCAUCUCAGUCUUCUCCCAGCCCCGCAGGCUCCUCUAUUACCAGUUGCUCAGAUGACCACACCAAAGGGAGCCCUGUCCAGCCAACAGAGUAUUUUCUCUUCCAGCAGCCACAAACUAGUUCAGACACCGACGAUCCUAAACCCCUAAUAGAAAGGUCAAAGUCCGACACAAUCGAGGGGCAAGUUUAUGUCAAUGUAUCACCACCAAAUUUUAAUACAGGUAGACAACGGUCUCGGAGUUAUGACCGCAGCUUGGACAAAACCCCUUCUAAUCGUCUGGGCUCGCUGGAACGUAUGAUGAGUUGCCCGGUCAAACUAAGUGAGGGUCAGGCCGCGCAUACCCAGGAAUCCUCACCCAAGAGAGUCACAUCGUUUAAGGAAUUAGCCAAGAGCAGGAAGAAGAAUGGAUCCAGCCCACCGUUUCGAUCCAGCGGGGACUCUUCUCUGGAGGAGGAAUACCAUCAUGACAGUAGCCGAACCUCGGAUCGGGGAGAAUUCCGGAGUCACAGCCUUCCACCCAUGUCCUUCUUACAUUGUAUGAGUCGCACCUGUGAGGGCUGCACCAGCGAUAGUGUGGAAACUAAGGCCCCAAAUCCAAAUCCUGCACCCAGCUCUAGCCAAGCCUAUGGAACUACUGGUUUAGCUGUUGAUCAACCUUUGAUGUGCAACCUUCUGGAUUCCGGAGCCUCAGGACUUAGCUUCCUCCAAAGAGACGCAAGAGUGAAAGGCGACGGGAUGGGUGCGGAGGCCAAGCCUGUUUUCCGCUACAGCAAGGACCAGCGGCCGACCACCUUACCGAUCCAACCGUUUGUUUUCCAACAUCAUUUCAGCAAGCCUAAAACUCGCCCCUUGCACAGCCAUUUCACCUCCAGCCUUUCCCAGCUGUAUGGUUUGUCCAGCCGGUCGUCCAGCCAGCACAAUGUGUCUGACUCCCAGGCGUCAGCACCUGUCACAUUGGCCAGUCAGAUGGAGGCAAGCAGUAGCCACGCUAAAGUGAUCAAUGUUCCAGGGAAGCUGCCUCUGGAUGGACUGACGAGCAUCAGAGAUGAGCAGAAACCAGCUCCUGAUACCACGCGCCCAUCUCCCCUGGGCAGCUACUCUCCUAUCAGGAGCAACGCCACGUUCUUCCAGAGCAUAGACUCCGGCUCAUCCAGCUCACCGUCUCCAGAGAAAGCCAAGGAGAACCAACCACCCAGAAGCCGUUCCUGCCCAUUGUCAGCCAACCUCCUGCCUUUUAGAGCAACAAUGGCCAGAGGGACCACUUUACCCGGAGCUGCUAAACCCACCCGAAAAUAUGAGGUGUCCCCCAAGGUAGAGGUCCAGAAAUCAGUGGUAAAGCGAGAACCCCUCAAGGAGCCCAGCACACAGGUGUCGAAGCAUGGACUGCCUCCCCUCAACGCCUUGCCCUUGUUAAACACAGUUCUCCAUGAGGUCACUCAGGCCGGGCGGAGCGAAGAGGACAAAGCUAAACGCGUCCCCGAGAACAUCAUGCUGUCCAGACCAGAGAAUAACAUGGUGUCCAAACCAGAGAAUAACAUGGUAUCCAGACCUGAGAACGUCAUGGUGUCCAGACCUGAGAACAUCAUGGUGUCCAGACCAGUAAAUGCCAAUCACUUGUCACCUCAAGCACUGAAGUGGAGGGAGUACAGGCGCCGAAACCCUCUGGGCCUCGAUCGAGUCCAUGGGCUAGCAGGAUUGUCCGGCAGUCUGGACAGGAGGCAGGAAACGAAAAUAGCCAGAAAGAACCAUUUCUUCGACUUUCCCAGCAGCAUCAGCAGCAACCAUUUACAGUCUCGCUUUUAUGGGAAACCGUCCGCCGUGAGCUCCAGCGACUUCUUCCCAGAUUACUUCUCCCUGACGGAGCGCCCGCCGGCGGAGUUCUGUCUGUCCCCCGACGGCAGCGCUGAAUCUGUUUCCAUCGAUCUCUUGCAGAAGAGGGGGCUGGUGAAAGCGGUGAACAUUGCUGUGGACCUCAUCGUGGCUCACUUUGGAACCAGCCGGGACCCUGGAGUAAAGGCCAAGCUGGGUAACAGCUCCGUGAGCCCCAACAUUGGACACCUGAUUCUGAAAUACCUGUGCCCAGCGAUCAGGGACAUCCUGGGUGAUGGGCUGAAGCCCUGGGUCCUGGAUGUAAUCAUUGGGCAGAGGAGAAAUAUGCCGUGGACGGUGGUGGAGGCAUCGACGCAGCUGGGUCCAUCCACCAAACUGCUGCACUUCUUAUGCCAGAAAGUUAACCAAUACUCAGAGCUGUCCAAUCACAGCCUGCGCUUCAACGCUUUCAUCUUUGGGCUUCUUAACAUCCGUUCCGUUGAGUUCUGGUUCAACCACCUCUACAACCAUGAAGAUAUCAUCUGGGCUCACUAUGAUCUGGUUGGCUUCUUGUCUGUGUCACAUGGAGUUUGCCAACCUCUCUUCGAAGAGCUCCUUCUCCUCCUCCAGCCUCUAUCUCUUUUACCUUUUGACUUGGACCUUCUCUUUGAGCACCACCUGGUCCAAAUGAGCCGAGAGCAGCAGCAGCAGAAGGAGAUGCUCCGGGUGAAGCAGGACCUAAUGCAGUCUUUUCACUCCACCAUCCAGCUCAUGAGAAGCCGGGAAGAGGAGGACCAAGAGAAGAAAAGCUGCGAGAAGUCAUCAUUGGAGGUGUCAGACAUGGAGAGGCCCACAGGGGAGGGAGCAGCAGCUGUGGAAAUAGAGGAAGAGCAGAAGAAAGAGCAUACUGUGGAGGUGAAACGAGACAAGCAGGCCGGCUGGUGGUACCAACUGAUGCAGAGUUCCCAGGUCUACAUAGAGAACUCAUCCGACAGAGCCAAGUUCAUGCGUCAGGACAGGAGGAGGCCAGGAAACGGUGGCACACCUAAAAAAGCACCACCACCCAGAGAGGGCGUCGUAGACGGAGCGGAGGCCUGUCCCGGCCUGGAAGGGAUGGUGGAGGAAAAAUCAUCAAAGAAAGAGACGGCAGACGAUGCACAAAAAGAGCGGAAGUCAUGGAUGGGGAGUCCCCCGGAGUCUGUGUUAAAUGAACUUAAACGUGGACAAGAGAAGGAGAAAGGGGACACACAAAAUGCUGCGCAACAUGGUGUCCACGAGAGCGCAGGAAGAGAGAGCACGCAAAGCAGCCCGGCCAGGAAGUGGGGACACUUGUUCGGCUCUAGGAAACCUCUGGGGGAGGGCAAGCAGAAUAACAGGCUGCCCUCAGGCUGGCUGAGCUUGGACAAGUCUGUGUUCCAGAUGGUGGCUCAGACGGUGAGCACGGGAAUCUGGGGGGACGCUGCUGCUGAGAAGGAAGCCACAGUGACAGAGGGGGCGGCCCCGCCUGCCUCUCCAUGUGCACAGAACCCUCGGCCACUGGAACCUUUCCACCAUCACGCAGAACAGAAACAGCAGGACUUCCGUUUUGUCUACGAACCGCAAUCCGACCAGCUGCGGUGCGGCCUCGUACGCCGGAACGGGCUGAUGCCCCUAAAGUUUGUUCCGCAGCCCGAUCGAGUGGACUCAUAACAGAUUGUGGCGCGGAGCGCUCAUGACACUCGAAGACGGGGUUCAUUCUGACGCCGGCGGGAGGAACGCGCCAAUCUCCCCCUGGUUCCUCCCUAGGACGGAUUCUCUAACAUGCUCACUGUCUGUUUUUUAACCUCUCCUAGGAAACUGGAGCAUCUAGAUUUGACAGGUGUGGGAUAGGUCCCGGUACUACAGUAUUCUUUCCUCCUGCGCCCAAACCAACGUGCACGUGUGCUAGCCGUGAUAUUGACGUGAGCUGUGCAUGCAGACAUCCUAGAAGAACAUGUGACUUUUCCCAACGCUUUCAGAGACUCGUUACCGGCCGGUGACCAGACAUCACCGCUCCGCAGUUCCCCUGUCCACUCCUGUACUAAGCACUUAAAUGUUCAAGAACUUUAUUUUAGAAUAGUUUAUGCAAGACAAACAAAAACCCAUACAGUGUCUGACCCAAAGAGCUUACACUCUGUUUCUCGGGAUCCCGGGAGCGCAGGGCAUGAAAGUUAAUUGUUAUCAUGUAUCAGCUUGGCUUCAAAUUUUAUUAUAUUGCUUCCCUUUAAUAAUUCAGAUGGAUGAAGGUAGACGAAGGAUGUGCGAGAGACUAGCAGGAGAACCGGAACGUUAUGCUGUGCCGGAUGCGGCACGAUGAUAUCUGGAACCUGUUAUUUCAACGGUGUGUAGUGUCCCAAGCGGAUGUAGAGAGACGUCAGGUUGAAGGUUGAAGGGUCAGUUGGGAAACGUUGAGGUAGAAAUGGUUAGGUCCGUAGCGCAAGGACCUGGCUUGUAUUCGGAGCUAGUGCGUUGGAUAUAAUGAGAGAUGAUUGAAUGUUUCUGGGACGCAGGGGCCAAGCACUUCUGGUACAAGUUCCGGACACUUACAAACUGUUGCGAUAGAGAUUGGAGCAUCAGGUUUGGCCAGCUCUACGUACGGCUACGUAGCGCGGCGGAAUGGGACUUGUAGGAGUUUUGUGAAUGAUCCGGAUUUCCCAUAUAUAGUUUCAUAGAUGAGAACGAUGUCGUUUGACAUGGAGAAUCAUUACAGCUAUUGUGACGUAGUAAUAAUACCAUUAGCUAUUACUGGAACGACUGUAUAUACUAAGCUAAUAUAUCCCUAUUCUAACACGACGCGUUACUCAUUGUCGCACUUUGGAUUCUCAGUGAAUUGUUGAUCUUAUAGAGCUUAUACUCGCGUCUGAUGAACACAACAGACAACGGUUAUAAAUGGGGGGGGCAUUAAACUAGAUUUUAGCGUGAUGUCAGCGCUGCGGUCACAUGACCCCACACCACCACGCUGUAUUUGCGCUUUAUUGCUGAAAACGCACCGCCCGGUGAGUGUUUGUACUGGAUAUUUGGCGGAUCCGGGAGUUGUACAGUUACUUGGUUGUGCUUGUACGUGUGGAUAGGGCGAGCUGUGUAUAUGAGCGGACGUGGCAGAGCAGUGUGUGUGCUGGCUGCUCGCACUGCGGUAACAGACGCUGGGGGGGGUCGGCGUAGCUCAGCUAAGGAUUGGGCUGGACGGCACUACUGUAUAUAUAGAUUGGAGGUUUCCCGCAGAUCUAAUAAAAUAUCGAUGAGCUGCUGCUGUCCUUGAUGUAUCAGUCCUGGGUAUAAAUGAAAAUGAAAGGGCAGCUGCCCGGGGGCGCGGAUCUGCGGCUGUGGGUAUGGGAGGCUGGCCUGCCGCUGUCCACUCUGUCCUGUGCAUGAGCCAAUGGGGGGACCAGGAGCAACAGACUGCAGACCCCGUCAGCUCCCCUGAGCUACUGACAUGCUGGGUUCUCUGCCUGGACUAAGACACCCGCAGUAUUUUAUAUCACAUGAUACAGAAUCCAGCACGGUUCACACGCACCGGUUCCGGGAAUGAAAGAGACCGAACAUAUUGUCUCAACUUCUCCAAGUAUUAAAAGUGCCAACCAAUCAGCUCCUGUCUGCCAAGUUUGGCAGCUAGGAGCUGAUUGGUUGGUACUGUAUCUCUCUCCACUUUAUCUCUCUCGAAGUUUUGAUAAAUCUCCCCUGGAGUCAAGCGUAUAAGGUGGACGGAGGCUUUUAAGGUGCAGCUAUCUCGCGAGCACAGCUUAGGCGGCCAUAUUGUGGGCUGAACCAUUAUCCGCGAGCGCGCAGCUUCUAAGUUCAGUGGGACCUAUUCGCAUUUCCCGUCGCAGCUUCCUCGUGAAGUAAUAGGCGAUUGGUUUUCACGUACAAGUUGGCCGCUUGAGUGGUCGGCAGGUGGUCUUUAAAUACUUUAAUACGAGUGAUAUUGGGGCGGGGGGCAGUCAGGUCAGGAGAGUUGGCAGGAGGAAGGGGUGUAAAAUCUGGGCUCGCCGUGGCAUUUCUGUACAGCUGAAGGUGUCUCUAAUACUGUAUCGCUUUGUAGGUUGGUUAUGGGGGUGGCAACAUCUGUCUUUGUGUAUACAGCUAUUCAGAUAUAUACGGCACUGCGGAGCACUUCUGGCGCCUUAUAAAUAACAUUUACUAAUAAUAACUUACUAUAAUGACAUGAAUAUCAUCCGCUCUAUAGCGCCCCCUGCUGGCACUGCCGGAGACACUUAUAGAACUUCUGUAGUCUCUGCCAGUGACUGGGAUGGGAAAAUCAGCCCUUCCCAAAUCUGACCUGAGAUUGGGCUCCUUUCACCCCCGCAAAGCGCCAUACACAUGAGCUGAGGGUCUUCUGUCGGUAGGAUCCCACCGUUGUGUUAUAACAUGUUAUGGCUGCAUUACAAAAACACAACAUAUUUCUCAUUUAUUUCACUGGCCAUACCAGGACAAUGUGUUGUAAGCGCAACGCAUCCAAAGCGUAUGAAAAACGCAUCUGUGGCACAACUAAAUCCCGUGAAGGGUGCAAGACGGGCUCCCUUCGCCAGCAAUUUAAUUCCCCCCAAAGUGAUAAACAAAAGGACUUACCGCCCAUCGCAGGACUGGUGUGGCACAGGGAUAAUCGCACACACCAUCUGACGGUCUCAUGUUAUUAUUUCCAAUUACGUUAUACACCCUGGUGCCCAACACGUUCCGCGUGACCCUUUGUCGUUCUCUGAAGAGCCCUCUUUCUGCCAGGGGUUGGGGAAGGGGUUAGACAAAAGAAACCACCGGCGUAUGUACAUCUGCUCGUGCCGAAAUUAACCCUUUGUUUCAUCUGCGCCUAUUAUCUUGCUGUCUUCUGCCAUAUAUAUGUAUAUUUAUUGGUUUGUUUAUUUAUUACGCAUAUUAAUAAUAAAAGGUGCUGAAUAGAA